GUUUGUCGGCCCCUGAGAAGGGAGGAGGUAUGGUGGAAGCCAAGAGUGAGUCCUAAGCGGAGCUGACCGGGCUUGACUCAGGCUCGGAACGAGGCGCCAGUCUCAAGAGGACCCAAGGGUCACGGAGCGAAUGGAGGAGGCCGCGUCUUGAGGUCAGCGCUAGUCCGGCUAGCCUGACUCAGGGCCUACAGAGUGAUCAGGCAGGCGUGCCGAAGCCGCCCAGGGCCUUUGCUCAGGUCCCUAACGAGGGGCCUAAGCUCCAGCCUGGCGACAAGGCCCAGCUCCGCCCCUGAGGAUCACAGCUCUACCCGAUCGGAACCGGAGUCUUCGCCAGGGCCAUAGACCAGUGACUAGGCCAGGCCCGGGCCUCCCGUCGGGGCCGGACUGGUACGAGGCCCCGGGGAGGCCCCAGCCCACCGUCCUCACCUCUCAGGCCGACACUCGCCGGAAAGAUGCAACGCGCCCUGCCUGGCGCCCGCCAGCACCUGGGGGCCGUCCUGGCCAGCGCCAGUGUGGUAGUGAAGGCGCUGUGCGCGGCGGUACUGUUUCUCUAUCUGCUCUCCUUCGCCGUGGACACGGGCUGCCUGGCGGUCACCCCAGGCUACCUCUUUCCACCUAACUUCUGGAUCUGGACCCUAGCCACCCAUGGACUGAUGGAGCAGCACGUGUGGGACGUGGCUAUCAGCCUGGCCACAGUGGUGGUGGCGGGGCGUUUGCUGGAGCCCCUCUGGGGAGCCUUAGAGCUGCUCGUCUUCUUCUCAGUGGUGAAUGUGUCUGUGGGGCUGCUGGGGGCCUUCGCCUACCUCCUCACCUACAUGGCUUCCUUCAACUUGGUCUACCUGUUCACCAUCCGUAUCCAUGGCGCACUGGGCUUCCUAGGUGGUGUCCUGGUGGCACUCAAGCAAACUAUGGGGGAUUGUGUAGUUCUGCGAGUGCCCCAGGUGCGCGUCAGCGUUGUCCCCAUGCUGUUGCUGGCGUUGCUGCUACUGCUGCGGCUGGCCACCCUGCUCCAGAGCCCAGCACUGGCUUCCUACGGCUUCGGGCUGCUCUCCAGUUGGGUGUACCUUCGCUUCUACCAACGCCAUAGCAGGGGCCGAGGGGACAUGGCUGAUCAUUUUGCUUUUGCCACGUUCUUCCCCGAGAUCCUGCAGCCCGUGGUGGGGCUGAUGGCGAACUUGGUGCAUGGCCUUCUGGUGAAGGUAAAGAUAUGCCAGAAGACAGUGAAGCGCUAUGAUGUGGGAGCCCCAUCCUCCAUUACUAUCAGCCUCCCCGGCACAGACCCUCAAGACGCUGAGCGGAGAAGGCAACUGGCCCUGAAGGCUCUCAAUGAGCGGCUGAAGAGAGUGGAGGACCAGUCUGUCUGGCCUAGCAUGGAUGAUGAUGAAGAGGAUGCAGGGGCCAAGGUGGACAGCCCCCUGCCCUCAGAAAAAGUUUCCACACCCCAAGGGAAGGGGACUGUCCCAGAAUCCAGUCUCAUCACCUUUGAGGCAGCUCCCCCAAAGCUGUAACUCCAGACUACCUUGAGUAUAGCACCUCUUCUCCCAACCUCCCUUGAUGCCUCUCAGCUACUCCAGAGCACUGAAUGCUCUGAGGAGAGGGAAGAUGGCCUGCUGGGGGCUUCCACAGCCCCCUGCUGUUUCUCGCCAACACUACCCAGGACCCUUGCAACCUGGUUCCUAUUCCAGACAACCACUUACCAGGCAUGGGUUCUCUGAGGCAUCAGCCAGUCUAGGCCACCAUCUGAGGCAAGAUUUAUACCUCAGCAGACAGCCCCAGACAAGUGGCUGCAGGAACACUGGGCGAAGCUCUUGGGCUGGUCCUCAAUCUGAAGCUGAUUGCCAAGAGCCCUGAACCAAGGCAAGGAUUUUCAUUUGCCAAAAACGUUCUGGGGGACAGCCAAUGCAGGAGUCAGUACAUGGCUGCACAUCCCUGCUCACCCCCUGAGACUGUUCACAUCAGGAUUUCUUGUUUCCCUCUGCUGUGGCAGUGACUGCUCCAGGCCAGAACCACAGCUCCCAGGUAUUUUCUACAGGACCACUUGAGUGGGCAGCCACGCCCAGCCUCUCCGUCUCAAUAAAGCAGUUCUUUGAGGUAUGAC